CACACACACACACACACAGGCAGUGCGGGCCCUGCACCCCUCCUCUGUACACUAUAAACACACUUCUAUUGAGCUGUUACUGGAAGCACACUGUCUGUGGUGGGACGACUUGGAUGAAGGAAAAAGCUCCUGCAUAGCACCUUCACAAAGAGAAGAAUCAAAGAGCAGCAGAUCCAUACAGAGACUGGAAAAGGGGGCUUAACCCACCAUACAGGAGCUGCAAACCUGCUGAGAGACAGCCACCAUAAGUGAACAGGCCCUUCUCCACCUGUUUGACGGCUGGUCUUCACAUCUGCUCCUGCAUUCAGUUGCACACUUGUGUGUGUGUGUGUGUGUGUGUGUAGUUUAUGUAAAUAUGAAGGGAGCCUGUGUCCUGCUGUGUGUUGGCCUGGCGCUCCUUCCUGCCGUAAAGUGUCAGGCACCUGCUGCUGAGAGUGACACUUACACGGAGUGCACAGAUGGCUAUGAGUGGGAUGCGCAGACCCAGCACUGUAAAGACAUAAACGAGUGUGAGAUGAUUGUAGGGGCGUGUCAGGGGGAGAUGAAGUGCUUUAACCAUUAUGGAGGUUACCUGUGUCUGCCCCGCUCCGCCUCUGUCAUCACCGCCCCGGAGCCCUCCAGCCAAUCAGAGACCAGUCUGCCUGUGGAGACCAAUGAGGCCUUCAGCCCCUGUCCUGUGGGCUAUGAGGCUCAGGGGGAGGUCUGCGUAGAUGUGGAUGAGUGUGUUCUGGGCCUGCAUGACUGUCAGCCAAGUCAGGACUGUAUCAACACACAGGGCACCUUCACCUGCCAGUGCCCUGAGGGCUACAGCAAGAUUGGCAUGGAGUGUGUGGAUAUCGAUGAGUGCAGGUACCGCUACUGCCAGCAUCGCUGUGUGAACGUACCCGGAUCUUUCUCCUGCCAGUGUGAGCCGGGCUUCCAGCUGGCAGGGAACAACCGCUCCUGUGUGGAUGUGAAUGAGUGUGAAAUGGGAGCUCCAUGCCAGCAGAGGUGCUACAACACGUACGGGACGUUCCUGUGUCGCUGUGAGCAGGGCUAUGACCUCAGCCCUGACGGCUUUACAUGUAACGACAUUGACGAGUGCAGCUACUCCAGUUACCUGUGCCAGUUCCAGUGCGUGAACGAACCAGGCAAGUUCUCCUGCGUGUGUCCGGAGGGUUAUCAGCUCCUGGGUACACGACUCUGCCAAGAUGUGAAUGAGUGUGACUCAGGCAGUUAUCAGUGUGCGGAAGGACAGAAAUGUGUGAAUGUCCAUGGAGGAUAUCACUGUGUGGACUCCAAUGGCUGCCAGGAUCCCUACGUCCAAGUCUCAGAGAAUCGCUGUGUGUGCUCGUCGGUGAAGCCGGAGUGUCGUGACCUGCCCUUCUCCAUUGUUUUCCGGUACAUGAGCAUCACCUCAGAGCGUUCUGUACCCUCUGACAUUUUCCAAAUCCAGGCCACCAGCAUUUAUCCUGGAGCGUACAACACCUUCCGCAUCCGCUCAGGAGACGAUGCUGGAGACUUUUAUAUCAGACAAAUUAACAAUGUCAGUGCCAUGCUGGUUCUGGCUCGGGCAGUGACUGGACCCAAAGAGUACGUUCUGGACCUGGAGAUGGUGUCCAUCAACCCCCUGAUGAGCUACCAGAGCAGCUCAGCCCUGCGCCUCUUUAUCUAUGUGGGACCUUACGCUUUCUAGAGAGCAAGCAAGCAAGCGAGAGGGAGGGAGUGAAAGAGAGAAAGAUAGAAAGGAGUCAGGGAAAUGAGCUGUGUGGUAAGAUGCUAGAAGAAGUCAGGAUGAGUAAUGGUGGUGAGAGAAAGGGGUAAAUUUGGCGCUGAAAUUGGUGCUGAAAAUUGACACACUUACAUGGACUCGCAAACCUGUGAAAUGUUUUAUUUUUGUCCCUGUGUGACUUACUUUAGCCUGUGAAUGUGGGCUUAUUCUGGAAGGUGCUAAAUCAUUGGUACACUCAUUUCUCUCACUUCUUCACCAUAGAGUCACACAUAAAAAUACACUCACUUAUACACACACUAAAAAUCUCAGGUGUUAAUGAACUCCAUUUAAAAUUGGGAAUUAACUUUGUGGGAGUAAAUUGAACUUUUUUUUAAAGAUUAUUUCUCUCUAAUCAGUUUCCUUUUCAGAUUUCUACAUUUCUACAAGUUAUUAACACUAUAUAAGAAGUUUAGCAAAGUUGAGAAUUCUUGAUAGCCAGGUACUAUCAAUAUAGGAACAUAUUCAUUUUCACUGUUGUGGUGUUUAUGGAAAGACCUGCACACUCCUUUAUAUUGUUUAUUAUUAAAUCAUUAAAGAUCAUUUUUAUAGUUUUAUGUAUGCAGUUUCAUCUCGGUUAUGCUAUGCAAAAAAAAAAACACAUUUAAAAUAUAUUUCUUUUUAUUUUAUUAAGACUGAAAUUACUGUCAUGUUUUUGAAUUUUUUAUGAAAAUAAAAAUGUUUUUGUAAUUGUU